GCUGCUACCGCCUCGGACUUUGGUCAUCUAUGGAAAUAGAAAGUUGUGACGGGUCCAAAACCCUACUGAUACCCGGAUCCAUUACAGUGUUCGGAAGGGGGGCAGGUGUCAAGGACAACGAUCGGGCCGUCUCUCGCCGCCAAAUAUUGUUCCAGCUCCACCCUUCGUCGGACCAUGAAGGCAAGGACCCGCGGGUUGGUUUCGAGGUCGCCGGCAAAAACCCGGUUUGGGUCCACGGCAGCACCAGCGGCGGAGUGAAGGCAUACCGUAGCUCCGAAAGAGGCGAAAUGGAGAGCGGCGACAUGUUCUGCGUUUCUGCGAAGAAUCCCGUUUGGUUCACAUUGAAACGAAUCGAUUUUGACGGUGAAGGUGAAUCGGAUACGGUGAGAGGCUCGCUGAUUGGCUCGGAGUUAGCUGGGAGCCUUGGAAGCGGCCAUGAGCAACGAGGGAUUGACGAAUUGGAGCUUGAUUCCAUCAAUUUAUCAGAUAUUGACCCUGUUAAAGAGUUUGGAUUGGUGGUAAUGGGGCGUGAGUUUGAUGGUUAUCCGAAGAAAAUGUUAAGGGAUAUCAAGAAUUGGGAUUGGUUUAUUGAGGAAUUUAGAGUUGAAAGUGAUUGUGAUGAGGGAAGAGGGAGGAAGAGGAAGAAAGUUGGCAAAAAUGAUGAUGAAGAGUGGACAGGGGAGAGUGAGGAGGAGAAGGAAGCAAUAACCAAAUCAAGAAAAUCUCAAAGACCCAAGUAUAUGACUAGGUCCAAUGAUUGUGGUAAACCAAGUAAGGGUGUUGGAAAACAGAAGCUUUCCGCCCAAAGGAAGAAUACGAGUAAUGAGGAUUCGGAGGACGAUGAGACACUAGGAGGUUUUAUCGUUGAAGAUGAUGAGAUGGAAGAAGACAAAGACGUUGGGGAUGAAGAAGAAGAAGUAGAAGAAGAGGAAGAGGAGGAAGAAUUUGAUGAAGCUGAAGACGAGGAUGACUUAGAAGAUUGAUAACAAUUGCAAAAGUUUGCAUAGUGCUUUACUGCUUUAGGAGAGUUGUUGUAAGUUUGUACUGCAGAGUAUAACCUCUUGACUGACUUCCAUGAAGUAAUCUCCUGUAUCAUAUCCUUCUUCCAUAUAUUUCAUACCUUUCAGUUGAUUACCAGCUAGU